CCAACCAUGAUACCAGUACCAGCACAGUGCUAGAGCACAGCGCUGGCACGGGCAUCGCCACAUACCCAAGAAGGAUGAAGUGCGUGCAUCCGGAGUAACAGUGCCGUGGUCUGCGAUGGUAUCACGAUGUUGCCGGCCUGGCAUCUUGGGCGUGCCCUCAAGGGAGCGAGUGCUACGAUGCUACACCCGUAUUUUCACCAUCAGCAUGCUCAUAUAUCCGGCAGUUGAACUGAAUGGGGACGGUUACUUACUGAUACAUCUGGCGGCCUGACUGACUAUCAUGAUUUCGGGAUGGAAACUCAGGCACCUUUUUCGCAACCCCGGCGACGGCAUGAUAAACCACAUUUGCAAGCGUGCAUAUACCGGGGGUUAUCAUAAGUUAUGGCUGUUCUGUCGGUUACACCAUGGCACAGCAGGGAAAUCAUGGGACGGGACAGGGACGAGGCUCAGGGCAUACCGGUAUGGACCGUAUGGUGGUCCCUCUCCAAGUCAAUUUACUUGAGUACGGUACCAGUACCGUAUCGUACCCGCACGGAAGCCAAGCACAGCACCAGCGCCGGUAUGGUGCACUACGGUGCCGUACCGGUGUGUUUUAGUCCUGGCUCCGGCUUUGCCAUCAGAAGCGCUGUGGUGGUGAUGAAGUGCCUUUGUAUGUCUCACUGCUCAUACCGGCAGGGUCAUGCGCACUCAUCAUGUUCUACAGUACCUUGUCAAGACUCUUUUCUUUUUUCCCCGGCAAGAUACUUGUAGUACAGUACAAGCUGUAGAGCGAUUUCGGUCUAUGCUGGAGAUGUUGUACUCGAGAACCGGUACUGUACUACGAGUAGUACGGUACGGUACUCGGGGACAGCAGGCUUUCCACUCCGGCUUUGUUCAGCGCGUGUGCCACUCUAUUGGAUCCGGAUGCUGGUCAUCGGCUCUUCCCAGAUUCUACUUUUGGACACACAGGUUCACUUGCUCUUGGCAACUCCCGUAGGGAGCAGGGAGAUUCAGGGUUUGGAUCCUUCGGGAGCUGUGCCCUGCUGCCAAGACACUAGAGAAGGCGACAAGGGGUCGGGUUGACGACUAACUACCACCGGUAUACUGUAGUAUCAUAUCCUAUCAUAUCAUACUCGCU